GUCUCGCCCUUCUCAUGCAUCCGUUUACGCAUUCCGUUUCUAUUUAUUCAUAAAUUUACACUCUUUCGAGAUUCAAUAGCUAUGAAUUUCGACGAAUUACGGCAAGGAUCGAUGGCGCCGGAGUGUGAGAGUGGGGAAUUGGUUUUGUGCAACGGCGACGCAGCGAAAUCGAAGAAUUUCUGCCGGAAAAGGAUGGAGCCGCGGCGGAUCAAGUCGGCUUCGAGCAGAAAAAGGCGAUCGGAUGUGAAGAAAGAGAUUGAAUCGAUGGAAGGAUCGGUUCUGAUUCGGCACGGUGCGGUGUCGAUUAUCGGCCGGCGGAGGGAGAUGGAGGACGCGGUGGCGGCGGAGGUGGAUUUUUUACAGAAAGGCGGGAGGAGGUACAGUUUUUUCGGAGUUUACGACGGCCACGGUGGGUGGCGCGUGGCGCGUGCUUGCAGCGAGAAUCUGCAUAAGGUGUUGGCGGAGAUCGUGGAGCGAGAUGUUGGUGAUGAGAUAGCGUGGGAGAGAGUGAUGGCGGUGGGGUUUAGGAAGAUGGAUGAGGAAGUGAAUAAGAGCGGGGCGUUAGUCGCGUCGACCGGGUCGACCGCCGUUGUGGCGGUGGUCGAGGAGGAUGAGGUCGUGGUGGCGAACUGUGGCGAUUCGAGGGCCGUGCUUUCGCGCGGCGGUGUUGCCGUACAGAUUUCCGAUGAUCACAAGCCCGAUAGACCGGACGAGCUAGAGAGGAUCGAAGGAUGCGGAGGGAAGGUGAUAAACUGGAACGGUUUAAGAGUUUCGGGAGUGCUGGCAACCUCAAGAGCUAUAGGUGAUGAAUAUCUAAAACCAUAUGUGAUAACGGAUCCGGAGGUAAAGAUUUUGAGUAGGACGAAACUGGAUGAGUUCUUGAUACUCGGGAGCGACGGGCUGUGGGAUGUGAUCUCGAACGAGAUGGCGUGCCAGGUGGCGAGGAGGUGUUUGGAGGGCCGGAUGAGGAGGAGCUCCGGCGCUGGCUACACACGAACGAUGGAGGCUGCUGCCGUUUUGGUUGAGCUGGCGAUGGCUCGGGGCAGCUGCGACAACAUCAGCGCCGUUGUAGUCGAUUUGACCCGCAAUCAAACUCAAACUGCUGCCUAUUCAUGCUAGUGAGAUGUGCACUAAUGGCACCGGAUCUAGGUGGGGUCGGGAGUCGGGUUCACUUGCAUUCUUCGUCUCUUAUUUCUCUGCACUCCUGCGGACCCCACGAGUUUCAUAUCUCGUACAUUCCAACUUGUUGAGCUCUCAUUCAUCAUAAGAGACCACAAAAAGAUUUUGAAGGCCAACAAAAGAUGGACAAAAUAGUUACAUGUGUGAUGUGUAUGUUCUUGGCAUGCGCCUCUCGACUUAAAUUACAAGUCGCUAUUUGGCUGCAUUUGAAAGUAAAUUAUUCGACGUGUCACAAAUAUAGCAGGUUGAUGGAAAUAUAGUUUCUUUCUAGAAAUUACACUCCGUCGAGUAGAAGAUUUUAAUAUGAGUAUGAUAUUUUACAAUAACAUCAUUAUAUUUUGAAUUUUUAUAA